AUGUGGCGGCACUCGUUUUCGGCCGCCAUUGGCCUGCUGUGCCUUGCCAGCAACGUCUUGGCAAAGAAUGAGGCCAGUCCUAUCAACCCGUGCCCUGUUCGAUGCAGCAUUUCCGGACCGAACCCUCUCAACUGGACCUACCUCCAUGGCACUGCGGCACUGAAGCGCUGCGAGCAACCCAUGCUUUUCGAUACCAUGCUGGAGACCAGCAUCGUUGACUUCAACAAACACAUUACCUUCCGGGCCUGUACGGCAUCCGAAGAGUCCACGGUCAAGACCGAGGACUAUAAGCCUAUUCCCUUCACUUUCGGGACCCCCGAUGCUGAGAAAGAUGAGGAGCUCCCGGCCCCGACCGAGGACUCCGAGCCUGUUUCUACUCCCUCCGCCUCUGCAGCCUCCGAGAAGCGCUCCGUGAGCACCAUCAAGUCAACAUGCGCCUCGGACAUGCACAAGACCUCCAAUCAGACGAGCGCCUUCUAUCACGAAUGGGUUCCCGACGACAGUAGCAGAGUUGAUGGCAGCAUCAAUGACACCGCUUUGGCCCUCAGGACCCUCCAGGAGCAUCUAGACGCUGCGGACAACUGCCAGUCGGCCAUCAUGUUCGCUAAGGUCCGCGAGUCCAUCUCAGGCCUCUUUGUCGGCUCUGCGGUGGACAAGAAGAGCGCCGUGCCCUUCGUCGAGAAGCUCGCUAGCAAGGUCCAGACCAGGGAGUUCUACGAAGCCGGCCGCUUUUCUGUCUCGAACUGUCAGACAGUCCGGCCCUCGGUCUGGAGAGUGGGUAUUAUUGCCGACCUCCAAGGCAACAUGACCGCUGUUCAGGAAGCUCUGGCUGACUGGAAAGAUGCCAAGUGCGCCAGGAGCCCGGACCUCACCGUAGAGUGGGUCGACAGAGAGAUUGAGCUCUGGUCUGUCAAGAGUUCCCUCAACGGGACGGCAUUGAACGGAACAGAUGGAACCAGUAACUCGACCGCCAUCUCAGGACGCGGAGUCCUACAUUCACUUCACCGCCGGGCUGAGUGCCGCGCUGAGAGAGUCGAGUCUGGCGAUGAUUGCGGAGCCCUGGCCAAGCGCUGCGGUAUCAGCGCCACGCAGUUCAACAAGUACAACAGUGAUGUGAAGAAUCUCUGCAGUACACUCAAACCCAAGCAGCAUGUUUGCUGUUCUGAAGGCGACCUUCCAGACUUCCGACCGAAGCCUGAUGCCGAUGGAGUUUGCUAUUCCGUCGAUGUCGAUAAGGGUUUGGGAUGUUGGGACUAUGCCGACGCGAACUACCUCACAACAACCGACAUUGAGAAUUUCAACAAGAACACCUGGGGUUUCGCCGGCUGCAAGAACCUUCAACCAGGACAGAAGAUUUGCUUGUCCAAGGGCGAACCUCCCAUGCCUAACCCCAUCUCCAACGCACUUUGCGGUCCUCAAAAGCCCGACGGAGAGCCCCGCGGCAACAAGAACCUCACAGACAUGAAUCCAUGCCCUCUCAAUGUCUGCUGCAAUGUCUGGGGUCAGUGUGGUAUGGACUCCGACUUCUGCACGGAGGCUCCUGCCGACACCGGCGCGCCGGGUACCUCCCAGCCCGGCAAGAACGGCUGCAUCUCCAACUGCGGCAUGGAAAUCACCAAUAACGACAAGGGUCCUGCUAGCUUCUCACAUAUCGCCUACUUUGAGGCUUGGAACAAGAACCGCCCCUGUCUGCACAUGGACGUCUCCAGCGUGGACACCAAGAAGUACACCCACAUCCAUUUCUCCUUCCCCGAUGUUACUCCAGGAGACUUCAAGAUCGACACAAGCAAGCUACAAGAUCAGUUCGAUCUGCUGAAGAAGGUGAGUGGGAUCAAGAGAAUCGUGUCUUUGGGCGGCUGGGCCUUCUCUGCUGAGGGCGACACCGUUCACAUUCUCCGCGACGCUGUUCUGCCGGCCAAUCGUGCCACCUUCGCGGCGAACGUUGUUCAGUUCGUGAACGACCAUGAUCUCGAUGGCAUCGACUUCGAUUGGGAAUACCCCUCCGCUCCGGACAUUCCCGACAUUGAUCCAAGCUCCAACCCCAACGAAGGCAACGACUAUCUCGAGUUUCUGAAGAUGGUCAAGCGCCGUCUAGGGAAUAAGUCUGUCUCGAUUGCGUCGCCCGCUUCCUACUGGUAUCUCAAGCAAUUCCCUAUCAAGGAAAUCGGCAAGGUUGUUGACUACAUCGUCUACAUGUCCUACGAUCUUCACGGACAGUGGGAUCACGGAAACAAGUGGUCGAGUCCCGGAUGCGAGGGCGGUAACUGUCUUCGUUCUCACGUCAAUCUCACCGAGACCAAGACCUCUCUUGCCAUGAUCACCAAGGCCGGCGUCCCUUCGAACAAAGUGUUCGUGGGUAUUGCGAGUUACGGGCGCAGCUUCCACAUGUCUGAAGCUGGAUGCACAGGACCUGAGUGCACCUUCACCGGUUCCAGGACCGAGUCGGACGCCAUGCCAGGUCUUUGCACCGACACCUCGGGUUACAUCUCGUCGGCCGAGAUCCGUGAGAUCCUUUGGAACAAGGACAUUCUUGACGCGAGAGACUGGCACGAUAAGGAAUCUGACUCGGACAUCGUCGUAUACAAGGAGAACGAGUGGGUGGCCUGGAUGAACGAUGACACCAAGAAGUCGCGUAUCGACAUGUACAAGGGCCUCAACUUUGGCGGUGUCUCAGACUGGGCCGUCGAUCUCGACAAGGACUACGGCGACAGCGGCAUCGGCAACGGCGACAGUGACGACUCCAACCUCUCGGGUGGUAAGAACUGCCCCCUGAGCAAGACAUACAACGACCUCGAGGAGCUUUCCAAAGACGAUAGCGUGUCUGACGACUGCAAACCCGUUCUCGCCAUCAACAUCCUCGAGAAGAUGCUUGACAAGUCCUUGGCCAACUACGAUGACGUCGAUAACGGAUACGACAAGAAUUUUGCUGCCUAUCGCCGUGUCAUGAAGGACUCCGCUAAGCAGGCCAUGGCCAAAUUCACCAGCUGGCAUGAUGGCAAGUACAGGGACUACUUUGAUUGCGACAUCAAGGCAGACGGAACUCAUACCGAGAACUGGUCGGGUCCCUGUUCCGAGAUGAAGAGCCACAUUGCGGUUGUCGGGAUGAACAUCAUCAAGCUCACGCUGAGGGACGAAGACGGCUUCUGGAACGCUGUCGAGGAAGAGACCGGCUGCAUCGAAGAUUGGAUCGAGUUCGAUUCUCUCAAGAUCAACACGGACCCGAACGAGAUUGCACAGAACUGCCCGCCUCCCGUCGGCAUGACCCCGCAACCUUGCACGCCAUCGUUGAUCCUCUCAGUGGAGGGCUAUCCCAAGCUGAAGUCCGACUUUGACAUUCCGGAUCCCAAGGACAUCAUCAAGGACGUCAAGACCAACCUCGACGAGAUCCGCACCAGUAUCUCAUCCCGGUUCUUCGACGUGGUCGCGGGUAUCUGGGACGGCGGCAACGGCGACGUGCUCCAGGUGCUGUCGGUCCCCAUCUUCCUCAUGGCGCAGGCCAUCCAGUCCAUGGAAGACGCGAAGGCGAAGGGUGGCGAGAUCAUCAAGGAAGAGAAAGAGGCAUUGAUCUUGAACAUCAUCUCGGCUCUGCUAUUCUUCAUCCCCUUCGUCGGAGAGUUCGCCGCCAUGGCAGCCGGCGCGGCGACCGUCGCCCGUAUGAUUGCCAUCGGAGGAUUGGUCGGCAACACGGCCUUUAGUAUUUCUGAAAUUGCUGGCGAUCCGUCUAACGCUGGAAUGGCCAUCAUGGCACUGUUGAGUGCUGGUCGCGUCCGCAAGCCGAGGGACUUCAUCGACCUCGGUUCCGCCAGGAGAGCGCAGACCAAAGCUGGCGUCAGUAAGAUGGGACCAACCUUCAAGAAACACGACGACUCGUUGCAGAAGGUUCUCGGAAACUGCCGCAAGGAGGGGGACAAGAACGACGACAAGGAGCCCAACGCGUGCAAGUUCAAGAGGGAUCUGCCCCAGUCCGACCUGGUCAUUCGAGAUGUUGUGCGCGAGAACCACAUGGCCUGGGUCGGCAAGAGAGCCGCCAAUAACAAUAACAAGGGCAAUUGUCCCACGACCGAACAUGAGACGACAACGACCAAGAUCGAAACCGUCAUGACCACCCCAGACGUCACCUGCAAGAAGGAAUGGACUCAGGCCUGCUACCACUACAGCUCAGUCAUGAGCGUCCACAGCAACACCCCCGACAUGGUCCGAUGGACGUGCUGGGCAACCGCAGAGACCGGAAAGGACGGGUUGGCAACGGAUCGUUGGGGCUACUGGCCGCGACAGACCCGCGCCAACUUCAAGAUGCCCGCAAAGGCGCAGCACCAUUGGGAUUGGGGAGAAGAGUGGACAGAGCACGACGACUGCGAAAGAGACGAGUUCCCUCCCCGCCAUUGGUGGGGAGCCAUAAACACGGGCAAGAAGAACAAGAAGGGCGAGAUCAGGUUCAAGGCGAUCGAGGGCCAACUCGUGCGACUUAUUCCCGCGAAGCAGAACGGAGGAGCCGGUUCGAUGUGGAAGCAGUUCUGCGAGAUCAACGAUGGGUACAAGCAGAAACUCCCCGGCCUGGAGGAGAUCAACGAGAAGCACGUCACCACCGACAAGGUCAGCAAGGUCAACCAGCAGAUCAAGGGAGGAACGACCACUUACACCACCAGCCUGAAGGUCACCAUCCCCAACGCCGUCUUCGAGAUCAACCACUGGGAGCAGGCGCCGGCCAAGGACGACGGCCUGUGGGACAAUCCGUGCUGGCCAAGCAUGCUGCGCCCCGACGACCCGGGUUACGCCCUCCUCACCAACGACGACUGGUACGUUAGGAACCCGAACGCGCAACAGUACACGGCGGCCUACCACAACGAGCCGCCCAAAGCCUUGACUCAGGGCAAGACGAAGAAGCGAGCGCAGGGCAAUCGGCCGAUCAUUGCAGUCCGCACGCUCCACAGCCCGGACGCCAUCUACGCCGAUGACCUCCCGAAGACGUGCGCGGAGCCUGGGCUUUAUGACGACUGCGGUGUUGAGCGGGAUGUCUUGAGAGAGAGGGAGGUAUAUGUCGACGAGGAUGGGGAGGAGUACAUGGAGUUGCUCCCGGAGGACGAGUAUGACAUCGACUUCUCGGCGCUGGAGCAGAUGCCCACGCCAUCCGUGCCGCGGACGGCUGAGGCGGUUGCCACGGCGUAUGUGAAGUACGAGGAGGAGGUUGAAUAUGCCACGCCGGGAUCUGCUAUUGCAGCGGAUAUGCCCAAGCCAACAAAUGGUCUGUUGUGA